AUGGGAUCUGACAUUGUAGCUGAUGGACUCACUGACGGACCACAUGAUAGACUUGCUGAUGAACCGGCUGAAGGACUUUCUGAAAGACUUCCUGAAGGAUUUUCUGAAGAACCCGCUGACGAACUAGUUGACAAACUUAACCUAACCAAAGAGCCAUCUGAUGUACUUGAAGACUUCCUACUGAUUAUAUUCACCCUUAUGAAGACUACACGGAAUUUAGGAGCUGCAGAGAUGACACACAUUCUGUUCACACAUCCAAAACGAAGAGAGAAGAAACUUUCCUUAAUUGGAGGAUCUCUUGCCUUUUCCCUCAAGAUCGAAUAUCCUCCUCUUGAUCCAGUUCGUUUACUCACUCCAGAAGAUCUCAGCCAUCCAUCUGAUCCACCAGACCUAAGAAGAUUCAUGAAGAUCACGCCACAAGCCAAAGGAGCGUCACUUUUAAUGCCCAACGGCUAG